AUGGAGAAGCUGGCUUUAGAUGCCAAUGUUAUCAGCAAAUGGCCCGCUGUUUGUUCGGAUAUCAAAACCUAUCGACUUCCGUCACCUGCAAAUCCGCCGAAGGAAUCCGACGUCGUGGCGCAGAGUCAAGCACACACUGAAGAUGCCAACAACAUAACAUCACCAACGACAGCAGCAAUGUCCAAAGAAACGAAUGCUCUUGGUGUUCCUGCUCUAGUGCUGCUCCUUUUGUCUCUGGCUUUACUAUAG